AUGCACACUCAUUCGGUUCAUCCCACUGCAUUCGAUUCAGCUGAUGAAAAAGAGGUUUCUCAAUAUAAUGAGAAGAAAAAUCCCGAUGGUAAAGGUGCAGGCGGUCAUCUGGCUACUGACGAGGCGGGCCAGGCGCUGAUCGAAUGCGACCAAGAAGCUGAAUCACGUUUGCGCCUCAAAAUCGACCUUUACGUAGUGCCAACAGUGGCCCUCAUAUAUCUCUUCUGUUUUAUCGAUCGAUCAAAUAUUGGAAAUGCUAAGCUAGCUGGAUUUGACCGAGAUCUUGGCUUGGUGGGUUAUGAUUAUAACUUGGUACUAUCGGUAUACUUCAUUUCAUAUACCGUGUUUGAGAUACCUUGCAGCCUUGCAUGCAAAUGGAUUGGUCCGGGCUGGUUUCUUCCAGCAAGCACCGUUGGAUUUGGUGUUUGUUGUUUAGCGACAGCUUUUGUCGAUAACAUACAUAGCAUCUCAGGCGUAAGAUUUUUGCUGGGGUUAUUUGAGGCUGGUAUGCUCCCUGGAAUCGCCUACUACCUCAGUCGUUGGUACCGCCGAAGUGAACUCACUUUUCGUUUAUCACUGUACAUUGUCACGGCGCCGCUUGCCGGGGCUUUUGGCGGUCUUUUAGCUUCAGGCAUCCUGAACCUGGACCAUUUUGGAAGUCUUCAUGGUUGGCGAAUGAUUUUUGCGAUCGAGGGCAUUAUCACUAUUACAAUCGGUCUCAUUUCAUUUGCAACAUUGACUGAUCGACCGGAAAUGGCCCGCUGGCUAACUCCUCAGGAAAAGGAACUUGCUAUUCACCGGAUCAAAUCGGAGCGAAUCAAUACCACCGAAGUUCUCGAUAAAGCAGAUCUUCCCAAGAUCCUGCACGGAAUAUUCAGUCCAGUCACCUUGAUGACUUCUGUUAUUUUCCUGCUCAACAGCAUCACAGUUUCAGGUCUGGCAUUCUUUGCGCCUACUAUUGUACAGACGAUUUAUCCAGAUACCAGUGUUGUGUCGCAGCAGCUCCACACCGUACCACCAUAUAUCAUUGGCGCAUUUUUCACAAUUCUUAUUCCAUACCUCAGCUGGAAGUUUGAUCAGAGGUUAGUAUUUUUCAUGGUGAGCCCACCGGUGACGGUUGCCGGGUAUAUCAUGUUUCUAGCAAGUGAAAACAGCGUGUUACGAUAUGUGGCUACUUUCCUCAUUGCCAGCGGUGUGUUCUCCUUUGGCGCUCUCUGUCCAGCGAAUGUCUCUGCGAAUGUCAUUUCAGAUACGGCUAGAUCAUCUGCCAUCGGGACAGUUGUCAUGUUUGCCAAUAUUGGAGGUCUGAUCUCCACCUGGACCUUUUUGCCAACUGAUGCGCCAAAUUACUUUAUUGGCAAUGGCCUGAAUCUGGCGACCGCUGCCACGAUUCUGAUUUUAGCGGUUGUCUUGAGGAUCUAUAUGAUCCGCGAUAACCAGAAACGCAGUCUUGGCGAUUCUGCAGUUGACUUGGCAGGGCUCUCACAGCAACAAAUCCAAGACUUGGAUUGGAAGAAUCCAGCCUUUCGCUGGGUAGUCUGA